AUGGCUGACAAUGAAGUGACUGAAGAUGAGGCGACUGAAAGAAGCACUAGUGUUACAAUUCUUGUUGAGAAUGAAAGCCCCUUUUCUAGCGAUGUGUUGGAAGAGAAAUCUUGCUCCUCUUCUAUCCCUUGUUCCGGACAAAGUUCUCUGUUUAACUUGAGAACUGGAGAGAAGUUUCGAACCUUGAAGCGGCGAUCAUCGGUGGAAAACUUUGGGCAAUUUGGGUUUUUGGUCCCUGCAUUAGCCCUUUUUCCACAAGCUGAUGGGGUGAGUUUUGUUUAAUUUGAGUCCUAAGUCUUUGGUUACUAGUAAGUUGCCGAAUUCCAAAACAGGUGACUAGACAGAUGUGAGUGUCAAAAAGUGAUCAUUCAAUUUAACCUCGGGUGACAAUUAUUUUGUGAUUACAUUUGUAUUUCUUUUGCGUCAAACAUAUGAGGUCAUAUACAAGAUAUUAUGGUUCGGUUGUCACUUGCAUCUUAAAAAUUACCAUCUUGUUUUCAACCUCGAGUUGACGUCCUGAAAAGCAGUUUUUAAAAUAUUAAUAGUGCAGCAUGCAUUCCUUAUCAACGGUUGCUAAGGAAAGUUGUGCAAAUUUUAUUAGAAGAAAGGUCUGAGUUUGGUGGGUUUUCCUUGUGAUUUAUGGCAGUACAGUAUUUUAUCGAUCAAAUGCCACCCUUGAAUAAGCACUGGCAUAAAUUAAAUGUUGCAUAUGGAAGCAAGAAUUACCGAUAAACACCUGCCUCAUUUAUAUUCAACACCCACUCGGAAAAAUACCGUUUUUAUUCAGGAUCAUAAGAAAAAACUUGAUACGACUUUGUAAUGUACAUCAUCCAGACAAUUAUGAUUCUCUCUCAGCAAGAGAAGCAAGACAUUGGAAGUUGUUUCCGAAUAAAGUGAUGCUAAAGAUUAUAUGCUAAUUUAUGAUGAACCUCUACCAAGUCGGCCAACCUCCAUCAAGCGGCUACCUGCCAGUACCCUGAGGGUGGCCGCUUAAUGGAGGUACAACUGUAUAAGAAGUGAAAUGGUCAGUGUAAUGAGACAUUUUUGUAUAUACUUAGACUGAUGCACUCACAAAGCAGUUUGGAGAUUUACAAGGUUCACACAGAGAAUUAAAGUUAGCAGCCGCUCACAUUGAUGAUGCGUUAAAAGGAAGGUAAAGAUUAAAGCUGCAUGGUUUGUCAAGUGCCAGAUGGUUUAUAAACCAGCCAUCAGUAUAGUCUAAAAACUUUAAUUUCUGUUUUAUCUUAGAGGAAGUUAUGGAAAAGCUCGCUCAUAUUUUAAGCCUCGGUUAGCCAAAAGGUAUGAUUCUGUGCAUGGAAAAUUAUUUGUUUGUUGUUAGUUUUCAGUUUUGUCUGUCUAAAAUUUGCUCUGUUCUCUAGGUGUUUUGAUAUUCUGGACAACCCUUGGUUCCGUCGAGCUGUCAUCUGCAAUUCUCUGAUACAUUCCUUCCUCAUUUUCUUUGAGCCUCCAACUAUAAAUGUGUUAAGGUAGGAAGAAGUGUUUGUGUCGCAGGUAAAAUCUAUUCUUGGGUUAAUCCAGAAUUUCUUUCGUCUCCUGUGAAUAAUAUUAUAUAGGGCUAUGUCCCCAAGUUAGAGUUGCGUCAACCACAGGGAUCCCACCUGGGAAGGGACUUACCUAAACCUAUUCUUUGCUCCUCUCUCCUGCAUGGGAUUUCAGCUUAUAGAUAUGUUCACAUUACAUCUAAUAAUCCCUUGAAUUUUUUUAGGUCAAUUUGAAUUUAAUUGUGGUACAUGGUGUGUCGCAGCAAGUACUUUACAAACAGUUCGUACAUUAAUGUGCAGGUUAUACAUCAUUGUCUUGAUGUGUAAAUGUUGUUCAUGUUAAAUAUGUACAUGUUGUAUGUUUAUGAGUCUAUAUCUGGUUCAAUGGGAAAAAUAACCUUGUCUCUCUACAGUAUCUACAGAUAAUUAAGUAUUGGUAAGUUAAUGUUGGUGUGUUUAUCAAAAACAUUUUCACCAUCAUCAGUAGUUAAUGUUAUGGACUAUUUUUUUGUUGGUUUCGUGUUUAGAUGAUAUUAGAUGUUGAAAAUUUGGAUUCUUUAGCCAAAUCUGCUUGUUUCUUGUAGUGUUCAUCCCAUGGUGUUUGCCCUUAAUCUUUUCUGCAUUUUGCUGUUCAUCUUUGAUGUUGUGGUGCACAUUAUAUUUCUAACGUGGCCUGUAUUUUGGUCCAGAAGAGCUGAAGGAGGACUGUGGAAUGGGUAAUUUUGACUUUUGACUCAAUUUGGGAAAUAUUAAAGUAGCUUACCCCUUCCACCUUUCUGAAAUUAGCUCUCCCAGAUUUCUAUUGAAAGAAGCACCACGGCUUUGGUAGUUGCCUGGGGGGGGGGGGGGGCGACUCCCUAUUAUGAGGUUUGGGGGGGGGGGCCCGGGGGGUGGUGCAUCGUUUUUGGUUGGUGAGUUGGUGUUGGGGGGGGGGGGGGGGGGUGUACUUCCUUAUAAGAGGCUUAUGGGGAUGUGCCGCUGGAUGGGGUUACAUUUUCAUGACUGGAUUGACUAUAAUGGGGUUACAUUUCCAUUAGAGUUACUAGAAUGGGGUCACACAUUUUCAGAUUUUUUGGGGUAAGACAGUUCUUCAUAUUUUGGCUCUGCUGUUGUAUUCACCCUGCAUGAUGUCAUUAGUGACUGCACGUACAGACAGUGAAAACCCCAAUGUGACGAGGUGUUGGGGGACUAGUAAAUUGUGUUUGUUAUAACGGCAAGCCAAGGGUAUGUUACUUAGGGUCCCACCUUAUACAUUUCACUGAAAGUGAUCUAAAGAGAAUCAUUUGUUUUUCUUGGGUUGUGUUUUAGAUCCUUUUAACUUGCAGAGUGAAUGGUGGCAACUUGUAAGAUGAUCCUACCUUUUGAGUCUGUGGAUGAAACCUUUUGGAGUAAUCAUUUACUAUGUAUAAUUUUCAAUGAAAAUAUGACAAGAAAAGAAGAUUUGAUGAUGUUAUUGUUCCUGUUAAUAUUUCAGGGUGGAAUUUGUUCUUGUCUGUUGUUUCACUGUGGACUUUAUAUUAUUACUGGCAUCUAGAUUUUCUGAAGUGGUAGGUAAAAUACUUAUUAUAAAUAUAGUGAGCAUUCUACUUACAUGGCACUGCUUAAUUUGUCAGCCUUCAAUUUUGGCUAGAGUAGUUUUCAAUGUUAAUUUUGUUUCAUUUCCUUUUUUUCUCUCCCCAGUAUAUACCACAGAUUUUUAGAUCCCUCAGAUUAGCUCUUAUUUUGUGCAAAGUCAAGAAUAUCCGUCAUAUCUUUAAUGUAAGUGCAGUUAAGUAAAUUUUGCAUCGUCAGGACUAGUGAACUAUUGUAUUUGUCUUCAAGAUUUCCUUGCCGAAUAAUUUUAUCUCAAGACAUCAGUAGUAUUAACUUGAAUGAAAUGUAUGCACUCUUGUUUUGCAGGUAUUACUUACAAUAGGAUUUAAACUUUCAAAGGUACCCGGUUUUUUAGUAGUUAAAUUAAAGUUACAUCUAUCCUUUUAACCUUCUCAAUACCUCUCCCAAUAUUGACCCCACCCCAUCCCCCUAUAAAAAUCUCCCAUACAUCUUUGGAAUGUCAAUUUACUGCUCUUGACCCUGUAGCGUAAAACGUUUUGUAAUAUUCUGCUUUGUUUUUUCCUUCUCUAGUUAUUUUUUAUAAUUCUAGUAUUUGUUCUAUUAUUUGCCUCUGUUGGAGUCCAUGUUCUUAUGGAUGCGUAUGACUGUAAUGGACCAUUAGGAAAUUCAUCUUCCACAACAUUUCACCAUGGGUAAGACCUAGCAUUGCAAAAUGCAAAAGCCGUUAGGCGUCACAAGGAUUUCUGAUUUUCAAGAUCUAUCGUCUCAGUAGUUAAAACUGCAACACAGUAGGGGUCUUCAUAACUACCUCCGAGAGGAAGUCAGGGAUGGAUGGAUCCAUGCAGAUGCUCAUACUUGAAAAAGCUAGCUUGAUGAUAGAAAACGAGAUUGACUAGUCACUAAGUUUUGGUUCAGUGUGGCGAUUUCCAAGGGUUGCUGGAUUGAGGCAGAGCUUCCUUUUCUUCAAACCAAAGGAGGCUCGCAGGUUGUUUGUGUUUUCAAAGGCCAAUAAAAGUAGAUUUUUUUAUAGCGUAGUUGCACUGGGCAGAUUCAGAUGUCUUAGUUCCCCUUUGGAAACAUUGACACCCAACUUUUUAAAGUUGUCUGUGUCUUUUUUUACUUCCCUUAUCUCUAUUAUUUUAUUAUAGUCAAAGUGUUCCUUGUUUUGUGGAAGAUGAAGAAAAGGUUUACAAAGGGUAGGAGUAUUUAAAGAGUUUUCUUUAUCUGUGGUCUCUUUUUGUCAUAUUGAUUUGAAAGUUUCUCUAACAGUCGUGAUGACAUAUUUUAUUCUUUUAUUCUAGGGCAUUCAACCAUGUUGCCUUUGCAAUGUUAAGACUUUUUGUCCUCUUGUCGACUGAAAAUUUCCCGGUUAGUACACUGCGUAACAAGUAUUAUCACUUUUAUUUUACUGAAUUAGCUGCCAGGAAAUCAUAGACUUCUCCUUCAAAUUGAAGCUUCUGCUUUUUGUUCACUGGUGAUAUUUUUAGGUACUGUUCUCGGAGCAAAAAAGUUUAAACAAAUUCAACUAAGCUAUGUAAUCGAAUGUCAUUCAUUUUACGUCGCUCUUGAAGUUUGAGAGAUUCGAACGAAAUAUUCAAAUUUCUCUAAUUUUCCUGAGUUUGAGUUUCAGUUGAAUUAGUUGUUUCUCUUGGGUUUUUGCCAGAGCAGAAUAACAAUCUUUUCGCUAAUAUUCUUUACAUUUUCUUAAAGAAGGGUGUUAGAACAAUAAAUUUUUCUAUAAAGAAAGAAAGACAACCUUUCAAGUGACCAGAUAAAUUUUGGCAAUUUCCUCUCUUGCUGUAAUUUCCAUCUUUUUCAUCUUCCUUUUCCUGAUUUUCCUCAUCUUCACAGGAGGUGUUGCUUCCAGCUCUUAGGGUACAUCCGGGAUAUUUUGUUUAUUUUGGUGAGUACAUAAAAUGCAACUCCUUCAAGUGUUCCAGCCCUUACGUACCCUUAUGGGGCUGUCCCGAACUUGAGGCUGUUUUCUGGGCUAUCCAUACUAAGCCAAUCCGGUAUUGGCUGAAAGUGUGUUUAAUUUCUCUUCAGGAUUGUACGUAUUUGUUGGAGUGUUCUUCUUAACGGCGAUUCUACUGGCCAUUGUGGUGGACAGCUAUUGGUAAGUGUUGCCGUUAUUACAACCAACACCACAAUCUUUGCGUUUAUCAUCGUAACUGUUUAAGAUCAUCAUCAUCAUCAUCAUCAUUAUCAUCAUCAUCACCACCACCACCACUACCAUCAUCAUCAUUAACACCACCACCACCACCAUCAUCAUCAUCAUCAUCAUCAUAAUCACCACCACCACCACCACCACCACCAUCACCAUCAUCAUCAUCAUCAUCAUCAUCGCUGCCAUCGUCAUCUUCAUUAACACCACCACCACCACCACCACCAUCACUAUCAUCAUCAUUAUCAUUACUAUUUCUACCACCACUGUUAUCAUCAUCACCACCAUCAUCCUCAUCAUCAUCAUUAUUAUCGUCAUGGUCAUCUUCAUCACCACCUACAUUAUCAUUUUCAUCGUUAUCAUGGAUCAAUUUAGGUUUCCGGAAGCUGCCCACCUACCCCUCCCCCAACCCAACAUCUUGCCCUAAGUGAGAAGUAAGUGUUAAUGUUGACUUAGGGAAGGGGUAGGUGGGCAGUUUCCCGGAAACCUAAAUUGAUCUGUUAUCAUCAUGCUUUGUGGUCAUGAUCAUCCUGUUUUGUGGUUUGAAAUAAGAGAUACUCUCUUUUGGUUUGAAAACAGGAUGAGAUAAACGAUUGAAAAACCAAAGGUGCAUCAGCAUCGGGAACAGAUGUAGGAAAAUUCUUUUUAACCACCUUGAAAUCUGUUUCUAUUGCCUUUCUGUCUGGUGAAAACCAAACAAAUUGCCUUAAACAUCAACACAGAUGGAUGCUCGAUCGUUAAGCACACUAAAUUGUUUUUCUCUGUUUCUGUAUCUUGACUUCAGGGUUUUUUCUAAGAAGCAUGUUAAGAAAGAACGAUCCAGGGAACGAGCUGAACUGGCAAAAGCUUGGAAUCUUUUAGAUCCGUUAGGAAAGGGUGAGUUUCAUAUUCUUCAUUGAAAUGCACCUCUGGAAGAUCCUGGAGUGUUAUUGUUUUGCGAUAAAAUGGCAGCAACACACCUCAUUCACACUUUAACAGAGAGGGUGGAAAACGGUCGACUCGCCUAUGUUUUUGGUAGUUUGGUACACUGCGGGGCAAAAACUGAACUGAAAUACUUGAAGCUAAUUGUUUGUGCAUGUUUUAAAAACAAGGAGGGCACAACUAAUUAGCUUUUCUAACAAGACGUUCAAAAUUAAGUAGGUGAUAAAAUGGUUUAAAAUAAAAAACGUUAGAGAGUACUGCUUUUAACUUAAUUUAUCUUUGCCAGGAGCCUUAAGUAUUGAUGACGAGAAAUUCAUUAAGCUUUUUCAACUUUUAAAACCAAAGGUAAGAUUCCUGUUAAGUCAUAACUAGUAACUGCUUCAUCACAAUAGUAAAUUAAACUGAGCAAGCGUCUUUGGGAAGGAAAUACCAGUUAAUUACGAGAGUCUGCUUAAGGGAUUAACCAUCUUGUCCGCAUGGUCUUUUUGUUGCAUAUGCAUCUCGUCUGCAUCGUAUCUGAGUUAUGUUUUAGUACUAUCUCUAUGCUUUUUGCUUCGUAUCUGUGUAUCUGUGUAUCUGUAUAGUUUUUAGUCAUACCUGCGUCGUAUCUGUAACGUAUCUGAAUCGUGUCUUCAUCGUAUCUGAGUCGUGUCUACAUCGUAUCUGAGUCAUAAGCGCGUCGUAUCAGCAUCGUACCUGGAGCCAUUUCUGCAUCGCAUCUGAGUCGUAUCUGCAUAGUACCUAAGUCCUGUCUGCAUCACAUCACAGUCAUAUUUCUAACCUUUAUGUAUCGUAUCUGGAACAUAUCUGUAUCGUACAUAAGUCGUACACGCUUCGUAUCAUAGUGACAUCUCUAUCCUAUCUGGAACUAAUCUGUGUCUUGUCUGCGUUGCAUCUGAAUCGUAUCUCUUUCUUAUCUCCUUUAUUAAUCUUUGUCGUAUCUGCAUCGUGAAUGAGACUUCCCUGCAUCGUAUCUGUAUCGUUUCGGAGCCAUAUCUGUAACGGAUCUGAGUCGUGUCUGUAGCGUAUCUUGGUCAUAUCCUCGUCGUAUAUGCAUUGCACUUGUGUGAUUCGUGCAUCGCAUAUGAAUCAUUGUACGUUUGUCUUAUUUGUAUCGAAUGCAGAACACAUCUGUAUGUUAUCUGCAUUCUUGUGAGUCAUUCCCGCGUCGUAUCACACUUAUUUCUCUGUCCUGUUUGCAUCAUAUCUACAUUACAUCUGAUUCAUAACUGAGUCGUUUCUGAGUGAUAUCAACAUCGUAUCUGAGUCAUGCAUGCAACAUAUCCACGGGAAACCUGCAAAUCAUCUGCAUGGUACGUGAGACAAAUCUGUAACGUAUCUGAAUUAUACCUGCGACGCAAGUGCUUAAUUAGUACACGACUCAUAUCUGCCUCAUAUCGUCGUAUAUCUGUAUCGUUUCUGUGGCUGACUAGUCCCCAGUCGUUUCUCAGUCUCUUAUUAAUAUGAACAGAUCUUAACGCGAGAAGCGCUGUAAAGGGGAGCGCAAGGGUUGGUGGGAAGGAGGAAAAGGGGGAGAUUCUCCCUAUCGUUUUCUUUCUUCCCAUCAUCCCUCGCGCUCCUCUUGGUCACGCUUCUCGCGUUCUAUUGCUCGCGUGCAAUUAGAGACCACUAAGGACUAGUCAGUUUCUAUCAUACUGUAUCAUAGUCGUCUUUACGUCGUUUCUUUAUGUUGUACCAGACUGCUUGUUACUGGCAUUAUAUCGACAUCGUAUCCAUAACGUAUCCACGUUUGUUUAUCCUCUUUGCUACUUAGGUGCUAUCCUCCUUCCAUUUUUUUUCCUCAGAAUUCAGAACCAGAAAACUUUAUGCUAAUUGAAAUGCUGGAUGCUAAUGAGGAUGGAGAGGUCGAUUCAUUUGAGUGGACCACUAUGCUGAGUCAGGUAACGUUUUUAUACACUCAAGGGUACCCUGGAAGGGUAUGCCCAUCUUUUGUCUAAUACGACACUUGUAUCGGAUCUUGCUCAGUGGCUUAACUGCUUAACAGGAAAAUCAGCCCUUAGUACGUUCAUGAUUAUAAACAUUUCAUUGGUUUUAGAUUUCUAAGGUUUCAUUUUUUAAUGUUAAAUUUUACUUGGCAGGUUUUAAGCCUCGAAUUUGAAGAUGAUGAAGAUCUAUUACUACUUGAUGAAACCGUGAGUCAGCGUUCUGUAUUGCGCGGGGUGUGCAAUGUGACGUGUUCUUCCACUUUCCUGAUCCUGUGGGGGGAUUUAAGUCUUAUAAACUUCUAUGCGUGUGUCUAUUGUCGCAAAGGGGUGUUAAGAUUGCUUUAUGCUUGUGCGUUGUGACUGGUUGACAUAACGCGCGUCAUCUUCUGAACCAGUCAAGAGUGAUUACAAAAACUGGAGAACUAAAGUUAAAAAAAAAACUAGAGAAUUUCGUGCGCGCCUGUUUCCUUACCUAACCCAGGUACUUUAAAGUAUCAACGAAUUUAGACUUGAAACUGCUGUGGAAGAAUUAAUUCUACACAGUAUUUCAGUCAAAUCCUGCCUAUCAAAUUAUCGGGAUGCAGUAUGAAUUCUGCUUAUUAAUAUAACGCACGUGAUCAUUUUGCAGCUUGGUCUUUCAAAACGGAUGAUCAGGAUCAGAGAGGCUGCCAAGUUUCUUACCGAGGUACACUGUUUCCCUUAUUUAUUUGUUGUAUAACUAUCCAUAUUUUUCAGCAAAGUGCUCGAAUUAUUUUGGUGUCUUGAUGAAGUAAUGAUUUAUGGUCGUUUAUAUGAAAGCUAAGGGAGUAUCUUUCCCGUUAUGAUGCUGUAGAAGGUGCCUCCUACUAUUAAUACUGUGGUGUGACUAUUGAAAUAAAAGCCACUGAGCUUGCUCUGCGUUACCAGUCCAGUUUUAACGUCAAAGUGUGACCAUCAAGGAAGGUUUUAGGAGUUACUGUAUUGCAGUAUUUAUUGCUCGUUUCUCUUGUUUUCAGACUGAAGUCUUCUCACAUUUCAUCCUGCUUCUUAUUAUUUUACACUGGUAAGAAACAUAUGUAAAACCCGCGUAUGUAUUUACUCUGGCCAACAGAGCGGAUAAAGGUUGGCUCGUUUCACCGCCCAACCUUUAUCCGCCCUGCUGGCCAAUCACAACAGGCGCUGCCAGUAAGAACCAAUCAGAACUGAAAGCUGAUACGUGCAUCCGUUGGCAAGCGCGGGAAAACGGCCGCGUAACUAUUUGUUGGGCCCAUUAUCCGUACACUGGUCUGCAACUGCCUAAUGGCCAUAAAAGUCUGGUGAAUGGCUGCGAGUUUUUAGUUUGGUUCGAAAGAAUUGUAGUAUAAAUAAAGUGUGGGUCAGGCGGUUUGCACUGAAGUUGACUUUAAAAAUCUAAGACACUGUCAGGUUUCUUUGCAGGGAACCGGAGGUUAAAAUAAGCUAGGCGUGUUGCUUAGUGUAUCAAUUCUGUUAUUCUGAGUAAUGUCAGUUUUACUUAUGAGUUGCUUUUGGCUUUAUAGUCUUGGGUUGCCCGUAAUUUCUCUAGGUAAUUUUUCGUUUUUUAUUCAUGAUUGUUCACAGUAUUCUCUUUGCCUUCAAAUGGAAAGGUGAAAGUCUUGAGGUCGAGUUAAUUGUCCAAGGUAGGUCAGCAUAUUAUUUACUGUCCUUCCCUUUUUCAGCUGUCAGGGUCGGCCAAGGGAACAAAUAGUCUCUUACUGUCUUACACUACGUUAAUUGUGUGAUCACAUAACACUCCUUCCUACUGAAGAGCACUUCGUGACAACACAGAAAACGCUAUGCUAGAGAGGGGCAAAAAAAAUGUCCUACAGUUUGGCGUUGUACGGGGUGGCGUCCAUUACCAUCAGCAACGUGUCAGUGUCACGGCGCCAUAGACUUCUAGAUUGUUUUUCUUGCGAAAUAGGCCAUUUGCAGCUAGCCAUUCACAUGGUACAAAACCGCCAUGCUGGAGAGCAAAAGUCACACUGGGACAAGACAAACAAAAGGCAUACAUAAUUUUAACUGGUAAUUUCCUUUGUUUGUCUUGUCCCAGUACGACUUUUUCUCUCCAGCACGGCAAUUUUGUACCACGUGAAUGGUUACCUGCAAAGGGCCUAUUCAGGCUGCGUGAACACACCUCUGCACCAUCCGAUAAGACAGUUGAUAUUCUAGCCUGCGAACAAGCUCUCCAUUUAAAGGAUGUCGUGAAAAGUCACGCGCGAGGAUAACGCGAAAGAGACGAGAGAGCGAGAGGCCGCUAGCCAAUCAGAGAGCUUGCUCGCAAGGUAUUAAACUUUUUGAAAGAGGUCCUGUUACAUUCUAUUCGUUGGUCUUGACUUGUUUUGAUGGAAAUCCUACUCUGCUAUGACUGGCUGCGAGUUUUUUGGCGGGAAAACUGAAUCUAUAAAUAGCCUAUUGGCUAAAUAUUUCCCACACUGUGACCCAAGGCUUCUAUACGAAAUGGCGGUCGGAGCGAUGGGCUGCUGUUUGUGAUUCUGGUGUUCAGUCCAUACCUCGCUUAUUACCUAUUCCCAUUUUUUCAUUUUUAUUUAUUUAUUUUUUGUUAAUUUCUUGCUGCAGUGACUAGAAGCAUAAUAGUAACAAUAUUCUUGGUACGUAUAUUUCAGUAUGUCAAAGGUAUUUUAAGGUUGGUAAGACAAUGGUUUUAAUGAUGGCUGUUUCUCCAGGCUGGUGGGGAUGAUUAUAAGUGUUGGAUAUCUCGUAGGCGAUAGCUUGCGUCACAGGCGCAAAAUAUGGAAGGGUAGGAGGGGAUAAAAGGGCAACAGGGGAAAAAAGAUAUAAAUCAAUCCCAGGGGGCACCUGUUUGAAAUACGUUAGUUUUGUGGAACACCCUAGGUUAAUGUAGGGUCAUAUAAACAUAAAAACAGGUAUCACUUCAAAGGCCCAGUUGUGAAUGCAAAUAUGACUUCAAGAUUCGGGCCUGAGUUUCUUGCAAUUAAGUCUUAUUUUAAAAGGGUUUGAAAAUUUUCACGUUCCCUGUCUGGAGACGGGUUAAGGCUGAACGUCUGCACAAAGAAAUUCCCGGGGGUAUUACGUUGCCAUUACUUGAGGGUGCAAAGACAUAGACAAAUGUUCACUGCUUGAAUACCAUAUAGUUAAUUAAUAUGGCCCUUAAUAUGGUAGUUUUUUAGAAAAGGAUAUGAGCUGUAUUAUUAUUUUUUCAUUUUACAGUUUGAAGGCAUAAUGCGAAUUUUAGCGGUUGGCAAACAAAUUAUAGAACCUCUCGAGAUUAUGGAUCUAUUUUUGGUGAGCAGUUUCUACAUAGAGAAUGAAGAAUCAACUAUUUAUAAAUUAGGAUGAAUUUAUUGCUCAGUAAUGAACAAAAUAUUUGAAACCUGCCCUUUCGGCAGUAUGUUUAUUUUUAUUUCUCUUUAUUUUAGACGGCCCUGGCUUUUUCCUCAAACUUCGUGUGGUACACCAGAUAUCCUGACUUUUUUUGGUUUAGAAAUUACGCAACUACAAUAUCAAGCCUCGCUGUAUUCUGUCGACUACCUUUCAACAACAGACAACUCAAGCAAGCGGUUUCUAUCUUCCUAAGAAUUGCACCCAUUAUGGUGGAUCUUCUGUGCCUUUUAGGAAUUAUUGUGUAAGGUUAUAGACUGUUCACAUUCCCCUAGUUUUUCGCAUGAUCUUCAGGAUCGAGCGCUUACCGUUCCGGGCGGCCAUCUUGGUUUCAUAUGAAACUCGUCCAAGAUGGCCGCCCAUAACGUAAAGCGCUCAAUUUCGACGACCUUACGGAAAAAUAGGGGAGUGUGAACCGUCUAAUAAGAUUAUUUUCUCCCAUUUUUAUAGCUUUAACACUUUUACUUUUAAUUCAUGUCGAGUGUUUGUAAUGUGUCAGUGACUAUGUGAGAGACCUCCUAAUUUAUCCAAGCAAUAGAACAAACUGCCUUGGGUGCGUCUACCGAUCAGUAACUAACUGAUGAGUUCAUCCAUCAUCCUUGUUGUUGUUGUUAUUGUUGUUUCUGUGUAUUUUUUACGCUUGUAAAUCGGUAGAAAUAUCGAGCUAUUGCUCGCUUAAAGUAACUCUAGUUUACCGCUGUUUAAUUCUUAUAAAUUGGUUUUGACCAGUCAGAGCGCAUACAUGAUUUCGGUUAUUUUACAAACCAGCUAUUUUGAAAGCUCGCACCUAAUGAAAGUCCAUCACCAGUAUAUUUCCAUAACAUUUUUUUAAAAUUUUUUAUGGAAACAGGUGAGGUUCGAAGUAGUCAAAGGGUAACUUUCUGUAAAACCCAGGUGCCUGCCCUUGCUUUUUCUUAAGUCUGUUUUUUUACUUGUAUCUAAUGAACUUGCAGGUAUUUGAUAGCCAGUGUAGGAAUGGAGUUAUUUCAUGGCGCGCCCGAGACAAGUGAGGGACACAUGUAUCUUCCGGCUUGUGGCCUGGGAUUUCAAACGUUUUGGUAUGUACUUGAGACCCAUCUUAACUAUAUGAUAACUCUUCAAACUUGGACGACUCAAGUCAACUGUUAAUUAUGAUAAUUAUGCCUCUUAAUUCCUCUCCCAAAAUUGAUUAUGAUAAUUAUGAUAAUUUAUACACGUUGGUUCUGCUCCAGUAAUUAGUUGUUAUGAUAAAUAUGAUCAUAAUUAUGGACAAAUAAUUAUCAUGAUUUAGAACUUUGAAAAAUGAAAAAGCUCUGGAAUAUCAAAGCACAAUGAGGAUUUUUCCAGCCUGUUCAAAAUCCAGGCAAAUUGUAAUAGAUACCGGUCAGAGCAUUGUUCUAUUGAAAGGGAAAGCCAAAGUGUGGUUGUGGUAAUCUUCUGAUUACCUUCAAGUUAAUUCUUUUUAUUCCUCUCCCAGGUGUUCCGUCCUGAUUCUAUUUCAAAUGGUAACCACGAGCAACUGGCACGAAAUCAUGAACUCGGUGAGUCAUGUUCAACGUUUGCAAGUUUGUGUCUGGUACAAAACUAGCCGCCCUCCCAGUCUUGUCUAAAUGGUUUCGUCGACUAGGGGAUCCAUUUGAUAAAUUAGGGAGUUUUAGCAACGACGACGAGCGACGGCGACGAGAACGUCAAAUAAGCAAUACUAUAGGUUUAUUGAGCAAAACAACAAGUUUGCAAGUCAUCAUGCUUUUUUGUACUUUCUUUGCCGUUACUGUUCGACUACGCUGUGGAAAUGCCUGAUUUCUUGUUUUGUGAAGGACGUGAACCCUGUGAAGGCAACGACUUUCUUGUUCUUUUCCUGAACAUCGAUACAAUCUUUUAGUUUUCAACUCCAGAGAAAAUUGCCAAGAUUUGACGAAUUGAACGACAUGUAAUAGGCGCGAAGUUUAAAGCAGGGCGACUUCACUUUUGAAGUGACGUUUCUGUAGCCGUCAACGUCAUUGUGGCUUAAGCUCCCUAUUACUCACGCACGACGCACAGUUUCUUGGAUAACGCUUCAAACGCCAGACGCCACUUUCUUCAGAAUCUAAGUGCUCUGUAUAUGUCUUUUCCAAAUUGAUUUUUAUUUCUUCUAUCUGUUGUAUAAAACACUUCCCUGUUGACUUUCCUUUUCAUUGAUUUGUGUUUUGCUAGGUAAUGGAAGCCACUGGAAAUAACUGGACCAGUCUUUACUUUGUUGCAGCAUAUAUUCUGGUCAAUAUGGUUGUCAUGAAGUGAGCUUGGUCGUUAAUUCGUUGUACACUUAGCCUGCGAAAACAUCCGUUUCUCCUCGCUCUUCGCCGAUGGGGACGUUUCGCGAAACGUCCCCAGCGGCGAAGAGCGAGGAGAAACGGAUGUUUUCGCAGGCUAUUGUACACUGUGUAUUUAACUCAUAGUAAAAUGACGACGGCUACCACGUUUUCCCACCAAAAUGACGCUGAUUCACGUGCACGCACAACUAACAGUUAAGAAAAUCUUGUCCUCGUAGUCCGUCUGUCGUCCUCGUUUUAGAAUCCAAAAGUCUCUAUUGUUUUGUAAAGCGCUAUAGUGCUGUUUGAAGUGAAUUAAGCGAAGUCGGUAUUUUUUACUCAAACGAACGUAUCUCACCCGUGCUAAUUCAUGUUUUAUUUGUUUCAGUUUGUUUGUAGCCAUUGCAAUUGAAGCUUUUAACAAACUCGGGACAUUGGACGAAGAUCCGCAUCAGCUUAGACCCCACAUAGAAAGGCAGUCUUCAGAACAGCGACCUCCCACGGUUGAUGUAUGAACCUUUUUUCUUUCAUUCUCUUCACGAAAAAAGAUUCUUGGGGUGGAGAAUGUUUCUUCUUGUUUUUUUCCUUUCUUGCCUUCUUUCCUGUUUUUCUUCUCUUACUUCUCCCUACCCCUCCCUCCCUCCCUCCCCCGGUUCCUCUUUUUUUCCUCCUCCCAUCUUCUGGUAAUGCUCUAAAGUCAAUCAUUCCAGAUUACAAGUAAUUUACGCACUGAGUAUUUUUAUUUAAUCCAUGCUUCUCUUUGUGAGAGAUAACUGAAUUUUAGAGUGGAAAAUUUAUAUCAGCGCGUUAAUUACCGCCUUUGCGGAUUAAUAACGUAAAAGUAAAAAGUUUGAAAUGUCAUCCUUCAAAGACAAACACAAGGUCACAGAUUUGUUGGUACAGAGUUAAUCUCAUGAGAGUAGCACUGGUGGGACAUAAAAAGAGAUUUUAUUUUUUUUUAAUUUUUUAUAAACGGUGCCGAAAAAACUGAAACCCUUACCUUUGAAAUAUCAUUUUCGUUGGACUGUUGGUUGUAGACACUAUAGCCGUGUGUAGUAGUAACGUUUAUCUUUUAUGUUAUUAUAGGCUUCAGCAAAACACCAUGCUGUUUAUAUGAUUAGCAGUGUAGCAAGCAGUUUAUUUGGAAGCGUAAGGGUGAGUUCAAAAGGACCGUUUGUUGAGCUGGUAACCCUGUUAGCAGAAGUCACAAGAAAAACGUGCAACGGUUAAUAACUUCCGCCUCCAAAAUACAAACUUUUGCUGGUAGUUUAAGUCAACAGAGAGGUGGAGAGGAAAAGUUUGUUUCGUAAAGGCAAGGUGAAAGAGUGGCAAGUUUUUAGGUGUUUCAAGAGGAAAUUCAUUUGCAGACAUUUGUGUCCUUGUUGCAGGUCGACCAAGUUGCAGAAAGAAGGCAAUCCCUGGCAGCUGUAGAAUCUUUAAACGUGAGAAGGGGUACAUUAAAACGUGGCUCCAUUGCGAAGGUAACGCUAGUGUUUUAUUAGCUUAUGACAAGUUAAGUGCUCUUUUCAUGCAGUCAGUAUUGCAUCAUACCUAGAUGUUUGCAUUAUUUUUUGUUCAUUCAGAAUAGAAGACCUUCAAUUCCAGAGGAGAAGGCCGAGGAAAAUGGCAAGAAAGAGGUAAUUUUGAUGAAUUACAGAGUCCGGUGUUCGUUAUGUUUGUUAUAACGAUGAUAGUGUAGAUGCAGUUUUUUUUUAUGACGGUGUUGAUGAUGAUUAUUGUGACUUUGCUGAUUGUUAUGAUGAUGAUGAUGGUGGUGAUAAUGAUAGUAAUCACAAUGGUGGUGGUAAUGAUGUUAAUGAUGGUGACAGUGCUAGUAUUGGUGGUGGUGGUGAUGAUGAUGAUGGUGGUGAUAAUGAUAGUAAUGACGAUGGUGGUGGUAAUGAUGUUAAUGAUGGUGACAGUGCUAGUAUUGGUGGCGAUGAUGAUGAUGAUGUAAAUAAGGACGAUAGUGACACUGGUCGUGAUAAAUAAUUAUAUGGAUGAUAAUUGUGUCGUUGAUGAUACCUCAUAUUGUUUACAAACCCUUUAAUUCAAUACAGGAUGAAGUUUUUGAAUUUGAAAAGGAUGAAGUUGGUGAAGGCAAGGGCGACAAGGUACAAAGUCUUUUUAUAUUUGAGUGUUCGUUAAAAAGUUUUUGUGUUGUAUUAGUGACGUUUUUUCUGUUUUAGCGUGAACGUGUUCUAAAGAAACGAAUGAAGGAGAAAAAACAAGCGAGGAAGAGUAUGGCAAAUGCCGAACAAAAAGUGCGCGUGGUCACUACGUUUAGAGGACUAAGAGAUAAUGAUUUGGAUUUACAAGUGGGUGAUGAAGUCACUGUGUUUUUGAAGGUAAGCAGAACUUUAAUUUAUGACUACGAUAUAAUUGUGGUAAGAUUAGGAUAUAUAUAGCUGAGGUGUGACUGUGGUUCAUUGCCUCGGUAUGUCUGUGGUACAUAGCUUUGGUAUAACUGUGCUACAUACUACACCUGUGGUAUGACUAUAGUAACAUAACUGUGGCAUGAUGUGGUGUGAAAUGUUUUCAAAUGUUCGAUUUACUUAUUAACACUUGCACGCCACUCAAAUAAUCACAACUAUCACAUUUGUCUGAAUAUUAUUCAAAUUUUUAUCGUAGAAAGAUGAUUGGUGGCAAGGCCGUUGCAAAAACAAAGUCGGUUGGUUCCCUGGUAAGGAUGUAUAGAGUGUUUUCACUCACGUGGCCGGCAUCUAUGCAAAUUUAUUGGAACAAAAGAAAGCGUUUGCAUAAGAAAAGAGUUCAACUCCCACAGGAUUAGUUUGGGACACCAACAUGGCCGCUAUUUCAUUGUUUUGGGACACCAAUAUGGCCGCCGUGACGUCAUGUGAAAACACUCUAUAAGACACAGUUUAAUUGCUUAAGUGGCAACCAGACUGUAUUACCUACAGGUACUGUAGAUAGUGAAUAGUGUAUACCACGUGUCAUUCAUCUUGAAUUCUUCUCUGUGUUAACCCUCCUGACCGCUUGCAGUUGAGAGAUUUGUCAGGGAUUCUCUCCUCCACAAAAGUUUGCCCACAAGCUAACUAUAAAGAAAAGAAAGGACAGUUUUAUUCCCAGAUUUAACAGCUAGAAUCACCUUGUGGAGGAAAGAAAACAUACCUGUGAUAUAGUAGGGAUAAGUAGGCGCACUUUGUGUGUAGACCCAAACGCUUUCUCCCAAAUUAGAAGUAUCAGUAAGAUCAGCGAACUGUGUAGGACCACUUAGACAAACAGCACGUAUAGAAGCCGGAUCUUGGUGAAGAUCAGUAUCAGCAAUGAGGAAGAAAACUUUAAUCAAAAGGCAAGGCUGAUCGGACAGCUAUGGAUUGGUUAUAGAUCACUUAUUGGAAGAGAAAUUUAUGACUGUUUACUUUUUUGCAGCCUCUCACGUAAUCUUAAGAACAGUGAAGGCAAUCCCAGAGUAUGGAAAACGCAAAGGGAAACAUUCCACCGAGGGAGGGGAUGGUGAGAAGGUCAAGCUCUCUUCUCAAUCUACCUCUGACGAGAAUGAAAAUAAGGUACUUACAAUCAUUUUCUGAAUCAGAAAAAGAAAACUGCUCAUUAAAGAAGUUUUUUCUUGAAUAACUUAGGUGCAAGAAUUAGUGAAAGAGAAAAGUUUCACUUCUUUGAAUCGAAAGGAAAAUUCCUUUCAUCGUGAGCGAUCCGCCACUGGAGGAACCUUAGCUCCGUGAGUACAUUAAAUUACUUGUAUCGACAUGAAAAUCAUCAUCGCUCUCACCACCACCACGACCGUCAUCAUCAUCAUCAUCAUUAUCACCGCCUUCACGGCUUCAUCGUCAUCAUCAUUAUCAUCAUCACCGCCGUCACCACUGUCAUCGUCAUGACUGUCACCCUCGUCAUCAUGCACGCUACCACCACCAUCACCACCCUCAUCAAUAUAAUCACCACUAUCACACAUACCAUCAUCCCAUCACCACCACCCUCAUGAUCAUCAUCAUCAUCAUCAUCACCACCACCACCACCAUCAGCAGCACCACCAUUAUCUUUGCCAUCUACAUCACCUUCAUCAUCAUCAUUACCCAGGAACACAUCUCAAGGGAUAUAGGGAUAUGUGUUUUCUGGGCAGGGAAACAUAUAUCACUAGGGAUAUGUGUUGGGGGCAACGCUUAUUACGGGGAAACACCUUAUCAGCUAUCCAGGAAAACGGGUAGGGGAAACACAGUUCACUAGGGAUGUGUUCGGGGGAAAACAUAUCACGGGAAAACACAUAUCACUGUGACGUCACAGUGGUAUGUGUUUCCCCGUGAUAAGUUUCGCCCCAAACACAUAUUCCUAGCAGGCUGGGGGGUGGUAUUGGUGAUAACGAACAUGAUGAUGACUUGCUGAUGCUGUUGUUACGGUAGCGAGGUAAUGGUGAUGAUGAUGAUGAGGCUUGAGACGGCACUGGUGAUAGGGGAAACGCAUAUUCCUAGUUAUAUGUGUUCCCGGGCAUAAAACCCUUAACGCUUAAAAAAUUGGCCAAAGCAAAUGGAAUCCUGACGGAACUACAGACGAUAAACUUUUGGAAAUAAUGGGAGAGGUCAGGGGCCUCUGAAAAGCAGCCAAAAUUAAUAUCUACACAGUCAGUGUUUAAAAUUAUCCACAGUAUAGAGUACCCGCCAGCAAUAAAAGCUAGAAAACCUCUUAGGCAUGUUCUAGAGCAAAAGGCUAGAUCACGUUUCUAGAGCUUAUGAUUGAGUUUGGCCUGUCAACACUGUAUUUCCUGUUUGAUGUAGAACAAUAGCAUUGUCAUUACUUCUUUGUGAUUGGCCCUUUUGAAUGUCGACGUAAGAAGUCUCCUCUGGGAACCGUUCUAUUUUUAAAUCUAUUUAAGAAAGGGUUGACUCCAAGGGCUUGUAUUGGUGAUAAGGGCUCCUAGUCAUAGACCCGCACAAUCAUCAUUAUUCCAGCAAAUCACCGUCAAUUUGAGCGUGGAAAGGCAAUUUAUUGGCAUUCUUUAAUUACGAUGAUUAGUAGCUAUUUUUCUAAUAAUGGUAAAUCUUCUAUUCCUUUGUAGAGGUACUCCACCAGCUGUUAGAGGACGGGUAUGUACAAAGAUUGUGAAAUUAUGACGGAAUAUAUGAUAAACUGAUUAAUUGGUUGUUUCAAUGAUUGAAUUCAACGUUUUUCCUAGAUGAAAGUUAAAAAAUCCGGAGACUGGAGACGAGAGAUCCUUGGUGAUAUGACUGUCAUGAAUGCAGAAGAGGUAUUCUCUUGCUAUUGGUCAAACAGCAUCUCACUGAGCGGCCCACACGAUUGGCUGUGAAAACAAUAGGAUAAUCAAAAUAACAAUUACCCUAACCCUCAACACAAAAGGCAAUAUUGUUUUAGACGACUAAUUAAAUUAGAAGUUCUUGUGAGGUACUGGACUACUCGAGUCUUGCUAUUGAUCAGUUACGUAUGACGUCAAUAAAAGACAAAUAUUUCCCGCCUCUUUUUCUUGUAGUUGCGUGAGCUGAAUAACAUCAUGAGGGCUGAGCUUAGAACACCAACUGGGCUUCGUUCCAAGAGACUGGUAUGGCUGACCUACAUAGUGUUUGUAAUUUUAGUUGAAUUCUGACUUUAUUUUUCAUAAUUGUAACCUCCAUGAGAGCAGCUCUUAGAUAAGGCAACCGAUAUUUUGAGUAUCUUAGGCGUUGGUUAAAGGCUUUCUUUCGGAUUGUUGCUAUAAUUUCCUUUUUCUUGCUAAAAAUAGUUUUUAAAUAAAAAGGAGAUGUUAAAGCUUGUACAAACGAUAAAACUUAAGUCUUUUUUCUGCAAAAAGACUAAAUUUUGAGUGGAAGAUUGUCUUAGUGACACCAUACAGCCCAAUAUCGGAAUAGGUCGAUCAAUGAAAGUGUAAUGUUUUCUUUGCAGUUAACUGCAAUCAAACCUGAGACUAAUCAGUCACUUAUAAACUGAGCUUUAGACUAAAACUCCAACACUGUUGUGGAUUACAAACUUUAAAUUUUAUUUUAUUUUUUGUUUUCUUAGGGUCCACUUAGACUGGCGAGUGAUGAUGACUCUCUCAGGUAAAUGCUCGGGGAUUUCUUUCAGUAUUGUAAAGUUUUGUGAUGAACGUUACGGUCAACUUUUCAUUUCAUUUUUAUUAGAGAAUGCCCCAUAAAUGAAGACCGCGAACUUGUGGACAUCAACCAAGGUACAGGAGAUUUAGUUUGAGUGAUCUUUGUUUGCAAGUUAUCUAUUGGGAGUGAGCAGUUUAUGAGGGCGUUUCCUACUCAGGGUAACUCAGGGUUGUCAAAAAGAUUUUAGGUAGCAGGAGAAUAACAGAAAGUAGCCGGUAUGUGUUUCCCGGUGGGGCCGGUAGGGGAAGACAUAUCACUAUCGAUAUAAACAGUUCAAUCCAGGUUAGUAGCAGCUGUCAAACAUGAUAGCAUCGAUACUGAGUCUGAAUUACUAAGUGAAACUUUGAUGGAAGCAUGCAAAGAAGCCGGAUGGAAAGCGAGAGGCAGUGAAAUUAAAUGCAAAUCACAAAUAAAAGGGUUCGAUCAGGAAUGCGAAACAGAAAAAGAAAACUUGCAAUCCCUUGGGGAGAAAAUUUCUCAUAACAUUAAUAAUUCAGAACUGAGAAAACUACUGCGAGACAAAAAGAAGAGGUUCAAACAAACUUGUAGACGGAAGAAACGGGAGUCUAUCAGCAAAGGCAUGUCUAAUAUCGAUAUGCAGAACUCCAAAGAGACCUGGCGACAAAUACAUGUAGGAAAAAUCUUUAACUUAGGAAAAAAAAACACAUGGAGCUGAAGCAGUGAGAACGGAAAAGUUUUAUAAAUACUUUUAGCAACGGAAUGCGACCCCUCUCAAUAAUAUACUAGAUCUGGAGACGAAUACGGAAACCCAACGAAAGAGUGGAAGGCCCAAUUAAUUAUCCAAUAACUGAUGAAGAGUUCCAAGCUGCAAUUAACAAACUGAAGGCAAACAAAUCUCCAGGUAUCGAUAAUAUAUUAAAGGAAGUAAUAAAAAUCGGAAAGAAAGCCAUUAAAGGGCAUUUAGUAAAUUUAUUUAAUCGAAUCUUAGAUACUGGCAAAUACCCUGCUCUUUGGAGUUUUGGUCUCAUUGUACCUAUUCAUAAGAAGGAUGAUCGAGCCAAAGUCGAAAAUUACCGAGGUAUCACUUCACUCUCUGCGCUAGGCAAGAUGUUUACAUCAAUCCUCAAUAAUCGACUGUACGACUACAUGGUUCAAAAAGGAAUUUUGAAAGCUAAACAACGUGGCUUCAGAAAAAUGCAUGGCACAGUUGAUAGCAUCUUCACAUUAAAAACGCUUAUUGACAAGUACGUAAAAACCAAACCACAGAAGCACCAAAAUUUACUCUUUUCAUGCUUCGUCGACUUUAGAAAAGCCUUUCACUGUAUACCCCGACAGAAACUAGUUGACAAACUAAGAAAAGAAGGUGUCCACGGACGAUUCUUGCACGUUUUAAUAUCCAUUUACUCAAAUGAUAAAUCGGCAGUUAAAACUGAUGACAACUUAACCCAAUCAUUUACUUGUAAAGAAAAGGUUCCAUGUUGUCACCUACUCUUUUAAAUUUCAAUAGAUAGGAAGGCUCAUGUCACUAUGGAUAUGUGUUGUGCAGGUGGGGCAACACAUAUAACAACGAAUAAAAGUAUCACUAGGAAUAUGUGUUUCCCAAGUAGGAGAACACAUAUUACUAGGGAUAUGUGUUUCCCACGUUAGGGAACACGUAUCAUAUCUGUUUCCCAGGUGGGGGAACACAUAUCACUAGGGAUACCUGUUUUCAACGUAGGGAACAAAUAUCACUAGGAAUAUGUGUUUCCCAGGUAGGGGAACACAUAUCACUAGGGAUAUGUGUUUCCCAGAUGGGGGAACACAUAUCACUAGGGAUAUGUGUUUCCCACGUGGGGGAACACAUAUCACUAGGGAUAUCUGUUUCCCAGGUGGGAGAACACAUGUCACUAGGGAUAUGUGUUUCCCAGGUGGGGGAACACAUAUCACUAGGGAUACGUGUUUCCCAGGUGCGGAAACACAUAUCACUAGGGAUAUGUGUUUCCCAGGUGGGAAAACACAUAUCACUAGGGAUAUCUGUUUCCUAGGUGGGGGAACACAUAUCACUAGGGAUAUGUGUUUCCCAGGUGGGGGAAGACAUAUCACUAGGGAUACGUGUUUCCCAGGUGCGGGAACACAUAUCACUAGGGAUAUGUCUUUCCCAAAUAGAGGAACACAUAUCACUAGGGAUACGUGUUCCCCAGGUGGGGGAACAGAUAUCACUAGGGAUAUGUGUUUCCCAGGCGGGGGAACACAUAUCACUAGGGAUAUGUGUUUCCCAGGUGGGGGAACACAUAUCACUAAGGAUACGUGUUUCCCAGGUGGGGGAACACAUAUUACUAGGGAUAUGUGUUUCCCAGGCGGGGGAACACAUAUCACUAGGGAUAUGUGUUUCCCAGGUGGGGGAAGACAUAUCACUAGGGAUACGUGUUUCCCAGGUGGGGGAACACAUAUCACUAGGAAUAUGUGUUUCCCAGGUGGGGGAACACAUAUCAUUAGGGAUACGUGUUACCAAGGUGCGAAAACACAUAUCACUAGGGAUAUGUGUUUCCCAGGUAGGGGAACACAUAUCACUAGGGAUACGUGUUUCCCAGGUGGGGGAACACAUAUCACUAGGGAUAUGUGUUUCCCAGGUGGGGGAACACAUAUCACUAGGGAUACGUGUUUCCAAGGUGGGGGACUACAUAUCACUAGGGAUACGUGUUUCCCAGGUUGGGGAACACAUAUCACUAGGGAUAUCUGUUUCCUAGGUGAGGAAACACAUAUCACUAGGGAUAUGUGUUUCCCAGGUGGGGGAACACAUAUCACUAGGGAUAUGUGUUACUCAGGUGGGGGAACACAUAUCACUAGGGAUACGUGUUUCCCAGGUGGGGGAACACAUAUCACUAAGGAUACGUGUUUCCCAGGUGGGGGAAGACAUAUCACUAGGGAUACGUGUUUCCCAGGUGGGGGAACACAUAUCACUAGGGAUACGUGUGGGGGACCACAUAUCACUAGGGAUACGUGUUUCCCAGGUUGGGGAACACAUAUCACUAGGGAUAUCUGUUUCCUAGGUGAGGGAACACAUAUCACUAGGGAUAUGUGUUUCCCAGGUGGGGGAACACAUAUCACUAGGGAUAUGUGUUACUCAGGUGGGGGAACACAUAUCACUAGGGAUAUGUGUUACUCAGGUGAGGGAACACAUAUCACUAGGGAUACGUGUUUCCCAGGUGGGGGAACACAUAUCACUAGGGAUACGUGUUCCCCAGGUGGGGGAACAGAUAUCACUAGGGAUAUGUGUUUCCCAGGUUGAGGAACACAUAUCACUAGGGAUACGUGUUUCCAAGGUGGGGGAACACAUAUCACUAGGGAUAUGUGUUUCCCAGGUGGGGGAACACAUAUCACUAGGGAUAUGUGUUUCCCAGGUGGGGGAACACAUAUCACUAGGGAUAUGUGUUUCCCAGGUGGGGGAACACAUAUCACUAGGGAUAUGUGUUUCCCAGGUGGGGGAACACAUAUCACUAGGGAUAUGUGUUUCCCAGGUGGGGGAACACAUAUCACUAGGGAUAUGUGUUUCCCAGGUGGGGGAACACAUAUCACUAGGGAUAUGUGUUUCCCAGGUGGGGGAACACAUAUCACUAGGGAUACGUGUUUCCCAGGUGGGGGAAGACAUAUCACUAGGGAUACGUGUUUCCCAGGUGGGGGAACAGAUAUCACUAGGGAUAUGUGUUUCCCAGGUUGAGGAACACAUAUCACUAGGGAUACGUGUUUCCAAGGUGGGGGAACACAUAUCACUAGGGAUAUGUGUUUCCCAGGUGGGGGAACACAUAUCACUAGGGAUACGUGUUUCCCAGGUGCGGGAACACAUAUCACUAGGGAUAUGUGUUUCCCAGGUGGGAGAACACAUAUCACUAGGGAUACGUGUUUCCCAGGUGGGGGAACACAUAUCAUUAGGGAUAUCUGUUUCCUAGGUGGGGGAACACAUAUCACUAGGGAUAUGUGUUUCCCAUGUGGGGGAACACAUAUCACUAGGGAUAUGUGUUUCCCAAAUAGAGGAACACAUGUCACUAGGGAUAGGUGUUUCUUCAGGCGGGGGAACACGUAUCACUUGGGAUAUGUGUUUCCCAGGUGGCGGAACACAUAUCACUAGGGAUACGUGUUUCCCAGGUGGGGGAACACAUAUCACUAAGGAUACGUGUUUCCCAGGUUGGGGAACACAUAUCACUAGGGAUAUGUUUUUCCCAGGCGGGGGAACACAUCUCACUAGGGAUAUGUGUUUCCCAGGUGGGGGAAGACAUAUCACUAGGGAUACGUGUUUCCCAGGUGGGGGAACACAUAUCACUAGGAAUAUGUGUUUCCCAAAUAGAGGAACACAUGUCACUAGGGAUAGGUGUUUCCGCGGUGGGGGAGCACAUAUCACUAAUGAUACGUGUUUCCCAGGUGGGGGAACACAUUGUUGUUAUUUUACUACUUUUUUAAUUGUCCAUUUUCUUCGCUUUUUUCCAAUAAUUUACAGGCCUCAAAAACCUUAAAGUAGGCGGUGAUAGUGCCGUUGCGGGCGCAUUUUGACAACCCUGUUCCUACUUGUGCCUCCAUGAAAGAAGCUGUUUAAUAAUCUUUAUUAAUCCAUAUUCUUCCUAGCUAGAUUAGUGUUUUAGCUCUCUUAUUGGUGGCCUUUACCUUUCAUAAGUAGUAUUGUCUUUUUUUAAUGUCUUUUAUUCUGUGCGUGGUGUAAAUAAAAUUGUGGUCUUCUCUUAUCUUGUCUAUUCGCUAUUGUAGAAAUUAGGAGGAAACUUUUAAUUUCUAUCGAACGUUCGCAAAGGCUUCUGGGACUGGUACUCGGGAAGGAAGAAAAAGUAACAAAUGGCUGACCUUUGCGUCCCCCCGAAGGCCUUGCGAACGGUAACUCGACCGAGGUUGCUUGAUUCUAAAGUGGUGAAUAGAGACGCGGCACUGUAGUUUUUUCCACUGGAAGUCAUUUUACGUUGACCUCUGUUUUGUAUGACAGAAUAAAGAUUCUAUUUUGUACUUUCAUCUCUGUAGUUAGACCAAACAGCGGUGUAUCACUGGAACCUAGGCCCUUCUCGGGUCGCUUGAUGGGCCGGUCUGGGAGUCCACGGUUCGGACAGAAUGCUGUUUCUCCUUCAGGCAGAUUUCGUUCUGAAAGUGGAAGCAGCGGUGAAAGAUCGCCACGAGUACCUUCGGUUGAGGUAUGUAACCUCACUUCUCGCAAUUCAGUCCUUGACAUAUUCCCUUGGGCUGAUUUUAUCCCUUUUUCCAGGAAAAAUAAAACUGCGGAAAGAGUGAGGUUGGAUGAGAUGAAUUGGAUGGUUACAAUUAAAAAGUGUUUGAUGUAUUGAAUAAUAUGAUGACUGUUAGCGGUAUGUAAGUUAAGGUGAACAAGAGGUCACUGAAAAUUAAAUUUAAAGGCACAUAGAGUGGGUCACUAAAUGUUGGUUUUCUUAUGUAUAACUCAGAUUGUUUUAUCGACCAACCGUGUAUUCUUUAUUCAAAUUUAUUCUGAUAUGUGUAUCUUGUUAAGUUUUUCAGCCCUGGCACCCCUUCUCCACCCUCCACAAACACAGACAAGCCAGACCCCUUGAACAUCAGCGCAAGCAAAAGAAUUUCACCAAAACAGGAGAAAAAACAAAAACAGAAAACAAACAAUGGUGAGAUGCCAGAAUGGAUGAUCAACUUUGUGACAACAAACAAUUUAGUGGUCGGUAAAGACGUAAAACUGGACGAAUCCAAGGCAAACAGGAAACGAAGGUCAUCUACCAGCACUUCCGGUACAGUGACCACAACUAAGACUGGAACCAAAACAGGGACUGGAACCGGAAGUAAGGCCGGUUCCUCAUCUCCACGGGUUGCUUCAAAAUCCCGCUCGUCACCCGCUGUGGCUAGGAAAGCCGAUAACAGUCCCGCGGGCUCGCGCAGCCCUUCUAUUGGGAGACCCGUUACGCCUGCGAAAGGGACGAGUAGGAGAUCCGUCGCACAAUAGA